AUGUUGAACCUCAACUUCUUUACUGCUGCCGCCGCAGCGUUCACGCUCGUUUCCGGUGUCAGUGCUGGUGGUUAUCCUGUCAAUAUGAUGAGGAGAAACCAGGAGCCCUCUCAGCCAUCUUGCACAAACUUCACUCCUUUCAAAUAUGCUGGAUGUUUCAAAGAUCUCAGCAGCCCAAGAGCUCUUCUUUACACCGGUCCCUCCACCCAAAACAUGACGGUUGAGACUUGUGUGGCUUUCUGCAAGGGAAAUGACUACGAAUACGCCGGUCUGGAAUACUACCGGCAAUGUUUCUGUGGCGCUUCAGUCAAUGGUCCUCAAGUGGAUGAAUCAUACUGCAGCUUCCCUUGCACAGGGGACAAAUCCGAGACUUGCGGAGGCAACGACUACAUCAAUAUCUACCAAGAUCCUACUUUCCCAGUAGUUGACGACUCCACCAUUGCGGACUACCAACCACUGGGAUGCUACUCCGAAGGAACGAAUGGCCGCUCUCUCGCCUGGAGACAAAAUCAACUCAGCACGACCAACUUGACUGUCGAUGAAUGCCUUUUCGCUUGCAAGGAUGGUGGAUAUUCUUUUGCGGGUGUCGAAUAUGGGCAAGAAUGUUAUUGUGGAGUCGUUUUGGGCAACGGCACUCUGCCUGUGGACAGCUCCAGGUGUAACUUGAAGUGCACGGGCGAUUCAAGUGAGAUUUGUGGCGGCCGAUCAACUCUCAAUCUCUAUGUUGCUCAGGAUUUGGAGUCUUCUCAGCCAUGCGAUGGCGGAUCUUCAUCAUCGAGCUCGAGCUCUGUACCUCCCACUACGUCUUCCUCGCCCCCCUCGACACCCCCGAGUCCUCCUACGACAUCCUCGAGCCCACCGACAGCAAGCACAACUCCAACAACCUCCCCCACGCCCACAACCUCAUCGACUCCUACGGCAUCUUCAACACCUACAACGUUAUCUACUCCUACAGCAUCCUCAACACCAACAACGUCGUCUACUCCUACGGCCUCUCUUUGCACGUCCACAUACGCUGUCACUCCAACACCAACCUGUGAAUACAAGUGUGGAAACUGGUGUUCAACUCCACUUCCUACAUGGAGCGGCAAGACCUCUUGUCUGUCCGCCGUUGCCAAUUGCGAGGUUCAAAUUGCUUCCUGCUUCAAGAACGCCGGCUUCCCAGCCAGCUUGAAUUGCUUCGCCUUCUCCUCGUGGUGCUCAUCAGUCUCAAACUAUUGCGGUGGCUACUGCCCAGGCGGAAGCUGCUCCAAGAGUGGUUGCACUUCUAAGUACCCACCAAGUGGCCAACCAUCUCAACCAACCGAAACCUACUCAACCUCAGUCUAUACCUGCCCGGCAGCGUCAACAUCAUCAGCAAAGCCAAGCACCACGAGCUCCUCUAAGCCGUCAAGCACUAGCUGCGUGCCGAUUCCCACGAACUCCAACAUCUGCUCUCAACCACACAACCCAAGCAAGGGUUACAGCUCCACGUCCCCGGUCGGCAGCAUCCCUCUUCCAUGCCUGACUUGCAACAAUGUUUACUCGGAUUACAAAAAGGGUAACACCCUCAAACUUUAUUCCUUUGCCGACACCAAUAAGUGCCCAUCAUACUCCAAAUCGCAACCCAAACAAGGUUGCCAGGACGCAUGCGACAACCAAUACGACACCUGCAUGGACACAUACGCUCAAGGCUGCAAAUCCAACUCCUGGAGGCGCGGCGGAUCUGACACCUAUUCUACCGCAAGCACCAAGUGCUGGAACCAGUGGAACGACUGCUACAGUGUGAACUCUAACGUCAACGCUGGUAGCCGUUGCAGAAGCUGGAACUCUGGGUGGUCGUAG